GUGGAUUAUUUAGCAUAAAAAAAUAUUUUAAGUUUAUGUAAUUACAAAAAUUUAAACUACUGUUACUAUAACUAAUCAACGUGUUUAAUAUUACAAAAAGUAUUUAACAUGCCUGAAGCAAAAGUUUUAGUUAUUGGAAGUGGAGGACGAGAACACGCACUUUGUUGGAAAUUAGCGGACUCUCCUUAUGUAAAGCAGAUUUACUGUGCACCCGGCAGUGUCGGCAUUUCAUCUGUAAACAAGGUUGAAAAUCUCGACAUUAACAUCAAAGAUUUCCCGGCAAUAGGAAAAUGGUGCAAAGAGAACUCAAUAGAUUUGGUUGUCAUUGGUCCAGAAGACCCACUGGCCAAUGGAAUUGUAGAUGCGCUUGCUCCAUUAGGCAUACAGUGCUUUGGCCCGAAGAAAGCUGGUGCAGAGAUUGAAGCCAAUAAGAGCUGGUCAAAGAAAUUCAUGAUGAAGUACCAAAUCCCAACUGCAAGGUUUCAGUCUUUCAGUGAUGCUACUGCAGCUAAGGAGUUUAUCAAGACUGCUCCAUACCCAGCAUUAGUGGUGAAGGCAUCAGGUCUAGCAGCUGGCAAAGGUGUGGUCGUAGCUUCCAGUAAAGAGGAAGCCUGUCAAGCUGUGGAUGAGAUACUGACAGAUGCUAAGUAUGGCUCUGCCGGACAGACGGUUGUGAUCGAAGAACUUUUAGAAGGAGAUGAAGUUUCCGUGCUAGCUUUCACCGAUGGCGAGACGGUAUCAAUGAUGCCACCAGCACAGGACCACAAGCGCGUGGGCGAGGGCGACACGGGGCCUAACACCGGCGGCAUGGGCGCCUACUGCCCCUGUCCGCUCAUCACAAGGGACCAGCUCGCGGAUGUGCAGGAUCAGGUGUUACAGAGAGCGGUCGAUGGCCUAAAAGCUGAGGGCAUCAAGUAUGUCGGUGUUCUUUACGCGGGUCUAAUGAUCACCAAGUCAGGUCCCAUGACCUUGGAGUUCAAUUGCAGAUUCGGUGACCCUGAGACCCAGGUUCUUAUGAUGCUGCUCGAAACUGACCUCUACACUAUCAUGAAGGCUUGUGUGAAUGGCAAUUUAAAACAACAUCAAGUGGCCUGGAACACGAAGAUGAGCGCAGUUGGGGUUGUUAUCGCUUCCAAAGGAUAUCCAGAAACUUCUACCAAAGGCUGCGUUAUCAGUGGUCUGUCGCAAGUAUCGUCGCAGCCCGGUCUAGCGGUGUUCCACAGCGGAGUGGCUCGCGGCGCCAACGGGUCGCUGGUGACGUGGGGCGGGCGCGUGCUGCUGGUGGCUGCGCGUGCGCCGGCGCUGCGGGCGGCGGCGGCUGCUGCCACAGCGGCGGCCGCUGCCAUAGACUUCCCCGGCGCACACUACCGCAAGGACAUCGCACAUCGCGCCUUCUCCAAAGUAAACGGCCUGUCAUACUUGGAGAGCGGAGUAGACAUAGACGCGGCGGCGACAUUGGUCCGUCAGAUAGAGCCGCUGGCGACGGCGACGCACCGGCGCGGCGUGCUCGGCCGCCUCGGCUGUUACAGCGGCCUCUUCCAACUCUCCGCCAUGGACCCGCGCCUCAAGGAUCCCGUCCUCGUGCAGGGUACUGACGGAGUCGGCACCAAGUUGAAGGUGGCUCAAACGAUGGAGAAAUUCGACACGCUAGGUCAAGAUCUAGUGGCGAUGUGUGUGAAUGACAUCUUAUGCGCGGGCGCAGAGCCAUUCGCCUUCCUCGACUACAUGGCGUGCGGCAGAUUGCAGGUCGACGUCGCUACCACCAUUGUGAAGGGCAUCGCCGAUGCUUGUAUCAUGUCUGGAUGCGCAUUGUUAGGUGGUGAGACGGCGGAGAUGCCGAGCAUGUACGAGGUGGGGAAGUACGACCUGGCGGGGUUCGCGGUGGGCGUGGUGGAUGCGGGGCAGCAGCUCCCGCGAGCCUCCACCAUGCGCCCCGGAGACCUCGUGCUCGGUCUGCCCUCCACAGGACCCCACAGCAAUGGAUACAGUCUCGUGCACAGGAUCCUCAGCGAUUCAGGACACAGUUAUCAUGAAAAGGCACCAUUUUCUACAUCAAACAAGACAUUCGGAGAAGAAUUACUUGAACCGACAGCGAUUUACGUGAAGACAUUACUGCCGGCCAUCAAGCGGGGUCUCAUCAAGGGUCUCGCUCACAUCACCGGUGGUGGUCUGCUCGAGAACAUACCCCGGAUACUGCCAUCUGAUGUCAAAGUUAAAUUAGACGCUACCAAGUUCAGAAUAAAGCCGGUUUUCGGUUGGCUGCAGGCUAAAGGCAUAGUGUCAGACUUUGAAAUGCUGCGCACGUUCAACUGCGGCGUUGGUAUGGUGGUGAUUGUGGAGCCAGGACAUCUGGAGGAGCUGCUGGCCAUGGUGGAAGAUCCUAUAGAUGUCAUCGGUGUGGUGGAAGCUAUGGGCAAAGAAGGAGGACACCAAGUGGUGGUGGAGAAGUUCCAGCAGGCGAUGGAGCCGCUGCGGGCGCCGUACUCCGGCACACCGCCGCUGCAGAAGGCACUCUCGUACAAAGACAGCGGUGUUGACAUCGAGGCUGGAGACUCUCUUGUAUCUCUUAUCAAGCCACUCGCAAGAUCAACAACUCGUUCUGGUGUGAUAGGUGGACUUGGAGGAUUCGGAGGAUGCUUCCAGUUGAAGGCAAUUGAACACGAAUAUAAGGAUCCAGUACUAGUUGUGGCAGCUGACGGUGUAGGCACAAAACUACAAGUGGCCCAGCGCGCUAACAGACAUGACACAAUCGGUCUAGACUUAGUCGCGAUGUGUCUAAAUGAUAUCCUAUGUAAUGGUGCGCGGCCUCUCACUUUCCUGGAUUACUUCGCAUGUGGUGCAUUGGAUGUGAAUGUAGCCAGGAGAGUGGUCGCUGGUAUUGCAGAUGGCUGUCGUCAAGCUAAUGCUGCUCUUAUAGGUGGGGAGACAGCAGAGAUGCCAGGCAUGUACCCGCCUGGUGUGUACGACAUCGCGGGCUUCGCCCUAGGUGUUGUGGAGCGCUCACAUAUACUGCCCAAGAUCAACGACAUCACGGUGGGAGACAUAAUAAUAGGUCUGCCAUCUAACGGUGUACACAGCAAUGGCUUCAGUCUGAUACACAAGCUGAUGAAGAAGGCAGGACUCACGCUGGAAGAUAAAGCGCCAUUCAGCAAAGAGGGACUCACACUAGGUGAGGAACUGAUAAAGCCGACUCGUAUCUAUGUGGAGAGCGUGUUGCCGGCGCUGCAGCGUGGUGCUGUGAAGGCGGUGGCACAUGUCACUGGUGGUGGACUGCUUGACAACUUGCCACGCGUCGUGCCUGACUCCGUACGCGCCAGGCUCAACGCACACUGGUGGCACGUGCACCCGGUGUUCGCGUGGAUAGCGGACACGGGUUCAGUGAAGGACGAGGAGAUGCUGCGCACCUUCAAUUGUGGUAUCGGGAUGGUGCUCAUCGUCUCCCCGGAGGACCAGGCUGAUGUGAUGAACAUAACGCGUUCCUUCGGUGCGAUGGUGAUCGGUUCUAUACAAGCGCGGCCCGCUGGCGGUGCUCGUGUACUCGUUGACAACUUCGCAUCAGCACUCGACUUUACACGUCGUAUGCCACUGCUGAAUAACAAACGGGUGGCGGUGCUGGUGUCAGGCAAUGGCAGCAACCUGCAGGCGCUGGUGGAGGCAUCACGUGAGCCGGCACACUGCAUGUACGCUGACGUCGCACUCGUCAUCUCCAACAAACCUGAUGCGUAUGCGCUGAAGAGGGCUGAGGCUGCAGGAAUACCUGCACUGGUGUUCAAUCACAAGGAGUACAGUUCACGUGAGGAGUUUGACCGCGCUGUGUCAGCUGCUCUGGAGACUCACCGCAUAGACCUGGUCUGCCUCGCUGGUUACAUGCGUAUACUGUCUGCAGAAUUUGUUGAAAAAUGGAAGGGUCGUCUGGUGAACAUCCACCCGUCGUUGUUGCCGCGACACCCCGGUCUACACGCGGCGCGACAGUGUCUCGCUGCAGGAGAUGCAGACUCCGGCUGCACUGUGCACUUUGUUGAUGCGGGUGUAGACACAGGUCCUAUAAUAACACAGGAGCGUGUACCCGUACUCAAAGACGACACUGAGGAGAGCCUCACGGAGCGCAUCCACCAGGCCGAGCACCGCGCAUACCCGCGUGCGCUGCGACUGCUCGCGACCGGUCGCGUGCGACUCAGCUCAGAGGGAGAAGUACUGUUUCACUCUUAAACACCAUUUAACGACUAGUCGCAUAUCCGUACAAUGGUCAUGUACAGUCAUCUUCGUUCCCGGUGUCAGAAAUAUGUCUCCUCGCAACAAACAUAAACUAAACCUUAUAAAAAAAAAUUAGGGUGCUAUUAAUGUUUCAGUCAAAUAAAAAACUUCUAGUUACCUG